ACCACGUGACCUAAAGGCUACAAGGUGCAGAGAAAAUCGUGUCAAUAGAAAUUUUUGACACCGUCAAUGUCAUUUUGACUGAAGAUCCGUCAUAAAUCAUGUCUCCCCCGUCACCGGCCUGCGGGGUGCAUUUGUUCCAGCUGCAGAACCAAUAAGUUGUUGUCGUUCGGUUUGUGACGGCUCUGCCCGAACCCACCGGAAUAUCACCAACCAGGAAGUGGCAGCUCCCCAACGUCUACUGCAAGCUAGCUUGGUGGUUUACGCAAUGAAAGAACUUAUACAUCGGAAAACGUAAAGGACGCGUGUUGUCAUUUAACAACGGAAUAGGUCGUUUGUGUGGCCGAGCGUCGUUUUUGACGAUACGUUUCAUUGUGACGAUUCGAGACCGGAAGGACUGCUAGCAAGCUUGUUGUUUAGCCAUCUGGCAGAAUUGUCGACAGCUGACAGUUAACGUUAGCGGGUGUUGUGAUGGCCGUGCCGCACAGACAGCUCUCCGUUGCGGUAAUUGUACUCCUGGUGCUGCUGUCGGGGUGUAACGCGAGGAUACACAAGCUCAGUCUAAAGAACGAAACACGGUUUACCAUUGACCUCAACAAUUUUGGUUUCUUUGCAAAUGGAACUCUAAAUGUGACUCUGUCCUCCCUGUGGCUCAGUGACCUGGUGAACUACAGCCUCUAUCCAGUUGGCUUCAGCCUGUCCAGGUCUCGAGUCAAUGGGGUGUUGUCGUACACAGCGGAGGAGACCGAGGCGUGCCCGCUCACUGCGACGAAGACCACCAACGACGAACCCCUCAUUCUUUUUCUCAUCGACAGCAAGCAUCUGGGAGUCAACGUGAGCGCCAUGGGCAUUCAGGAUAACUUCCUGCUUGCCAAAGCCAAGUCGGAUGAAAGUAAAGAAAAAAAGAAGGUUGCAAAGAGGGAAGCUGGCGAUUCAAAACCAGGCGAUUCAAAUGCAAAGCAAGGCGAUAAUAAAGGGAUCCCAGAACCACCAGCAAACGAAAAGUCAAACACUGUUGAGGAUGCGAAGAAAGUGGAGGAAACUACAUUCCUGCUGAACAGUUCAGUCAAGCCGAUUUUAGCCCUGGACAAAACAAAUGGCUUUUACAACUUCAGCUUCCGCCUGGUCGUCGGCCCAAAGGAUCAGGGUCUGUACAGCCUGAAGUUCCACUACUGUAAGAACAGGGUGGCCGGAGUCAAGCUGCCUUACGGCUUAACGGUGGAUGUGGUAGAGAGGAACCCAGGGAGCUUCCUGUCUGCAGCCGAAAUCCCCUUGUCUCGUCUUUACAUAUGUAUGGCCGGAGUCUUCUUCACUGCUGCUAUGGUGUGGGUCUACACGCUCAUGAAGCACAGAUACAGCGUGUUUAAGAUCCACUGGCUGAUGGCUGCACUGGCAUUCACCAAGUCCACUUCUUUAGUUUUCCACAGUAUCAACUACCACUUUAUCAACAUCGAGGGUCAUCCUAUCGAAGGCUGGGCCGUCAUGUAUUAUAUCACACACCUGCUGAAGGGGGCGCUCCUGUUCAUCACUCUGGCACUGAUUGGGACGGGCUGGGCUUUCGUUAAAUACAUCCUCUCUGACAAAGAGAAGAAGAUCUUCAUGAUAGUCAUCCCUCUGCAGGUGCUGGCGAAUGUUGCCUUUAUCAUCAUCGAGUCGACAGAGGAAGGCUCCAGUGAGUACUAUCUGUGGAAGGAGAUCCUCUUUCUGGUGGACCUUAUCUGCUGCGGAGCCAUCUUGUUCCCCGUCGUCUGGUCCAUCCGUCACUUACAGGAGGCUUCCAGCACAGACGGGAAAGCUGCCAUGAACCUGGAGAAGCUCAAACUGUUCAGGCAUUACUACGUCAUGAUCGUGUGCUACAUCUACUUCACCAGGAUAAUAGCCAUUUUGCUGAAGAUCACAAUGCCCUUCCAGUGGCAGUGGUGUUAUGAGUUUCUGGUGGAAGUGUCCACUCUGAUCUUCUUCGUGCUGACCGGCUACAAGUUCCGGCCGGCGUCAAACAACCCGUACCUGCAGCUGCCGCUGGACGAGGAGGACGUGGAGAUGGAUGAAGUAGUGACAGAGUCGGGCGCUCUGGAGGGAAUCUCCAAAGUUAAGAAGACGUCUAACGGACGCGAGCGCCAGAAAGAGCCCGCUCUGUGAGCAGGAGGCUGCGCGGUUGGGAGGGACCAGCCCCGGGUCGGGGUGGGGGCUCAUAUGGACCAAGACCUCCACCCCCACCUCCACUUCCACUGACGGCUCUCUGUUCAAAACUCUUCAAGUGGUUGCAAAGCUCAUGCCCACUGUCUGACUAUGCAAAACAUAAAAACAACAACAAAAAAAAGAUGGCUAACAUGACGAAGGUUGUCCAUUUUCUUUGGGGGUGCUCCACCCAAAACCCGAAGAGCUCCAGGAGGGUUUUCUUUUUCUGGACGGGUGGGGAAAUGGAACAGAGCUCUGAAAUUCUUUUUUUUUUCUUUCUCUCUUUCUCUCCAAAGCUUAUUAUUAUUAUUAUUAUAGACAAAGACUCGGGUGUGUUUAUGCCGGCUAUUUAAAAACGGUACUCCUGCAUCCUGCAUCUUUUUUUUUUUUCUCUGUAACAUGGGAACAAACGUAAUGUGACAAAUUUAAGUUCUCCCCCUUUGGAUGCAAUAGCCCAUUCUCAGGUGAAAAGAAAAAAGAAAAGAAAAAUCGAUGUAGAGGAAACAGCGUUUGGUUUCCCACCAGUCACACUGCACCGUACAUGUUUUGCUCAUUGAUUUUUAGGUUGGAAUAAUCAACAGCAGGAUGCUUUUUUAAAAUUUAAUUUAACUUGUUUAGUUUCAGUACGUUGCUGCUUUUUGCAUAUUGAAGUUUUCCAGUAUCAUUGUGUGUGUGUCGGAGGGCGAGGCGUUUCCUCCCAGUGUGUCAUUUUGGAGUGCUGCUGUAAUUUAGUGCUUGAAGAUAACCUGCUUAUUCCACCAUAUUGACACGAGGACCUUUAGUUAAAGUGACCGAACGUUCAGAUCAGGCUGUAAAGUGACCAGAGCUGUGGCCAGAUAUUUCUAUAAAUAUAUAUAUGUGUAUUUCUUUGUGGUUAUUUUUGGCACGGCUGAGUCCUCUUUACCCAUUUGUGGAUUUUAACCAUUUUUUGCUCUUGAUGUGAAGCUUUUGAUUAAUUCCAGUUGACUUCAGCAGCCGGACAGGGUCGAAGAUCAUUCAGUGACAGGUGAUUUGUAAAUAUGACGGUUCAUACAAGAAGAGACAGAUUACACUUUAUGAACUGCACAGUGUUUGAGUGAGAUUUUUGAAUCUUUUUUUUGUUUUGUUUCUUGAAAUGGAGCCCAAUCACAUGAAAAUGCGACUGAGAUUUAAUCUCAGUCUCUCCUUGAUCUGCAGUGUUGCCACACAGGCAGCCCGUCUCCACCUGCCGGGAGUCCACAGGUAAACACGUUUACAGGAGUUGGAAAAAGUGUUUUUUUUUUUUUUUAAUUGUUGCAGAAGGUUAAAGGAUGUAUGAAUUGCCACAAUAAAGUUGGAGUUUU